AUGGUCGCGUAUCGCCAUCUGAUGAAUCGAACGUAUACGUACAAGCUUGAAGUUCGACCAAAAGCUGGAGUAUGGGUAAGUAUGGGAAGAGAUUAUGGUCAAAUAGGUACUCGUCGGAUCAGGAGAAAAAGGGGAUAUCUACCUCACAUCCUUGAAGCCGAUGAACCUGAUCAUAAACUCCGAGAUCGAAAUGAACUAGGCCGCCUGUCUAAAUGCAAAGGCAAGAAUAACGACCAGAAAGAGGAGGGGGGUGAGGGAGAGGGGCUACUUGACAAACAGAAAGAGGACCUGAACACAAUCCGAAGCGAAGCAGAUGUCAUUCCCAUCUUGCUGAUAACAGCUUUGCGUCCUACUUUGCCUAACUACUCCAAUGAACAACCAACAAUCUGCACCUUUUUGGAGACGUUUUUAUGCGAUGCUUUCCUUUUGAACCCCUCUGACUCCGCCCUGACACUCACUGAUUGGACAGAUCAAGUGAGGGCUUCUGCCCAGAAAUCUAACAAGUUUAGUAGGAAGACACACAUAGUCAUACUGGUUGCUAGUGAGGACACAAACUUGCAUACACUGAAAGACUUGUAUGACAGAAAUCUGCAGAUUGAUGACGAGACAACUGUCAUUGAUGUGAGCCCAGAAGUGGACCCUGUCAAGACUAACGAAAUUGGGAUGCGGCUUGGAGAAUGGGUAAAAUCCUGUGCAACCAAGAUCCUCAACACCUAUGUGCAGAAAAAUAAGGGACAAACACCCAACUAUGAAUUCACAAGCUCUUGGGCCUAUAACUUCCACGAGACUUCCAUUGAGUUCAACUCAACCUGCAACUUAGUUGUCGUGCAUCCAGUACCGUUACAAGUUGAAGAAUCAGCUGUACGCACCCUGGGUCGACUUGGAAGGGAUUGCAUGCUUACCAGAGGAAAAUCACGCAACAUGGUACCAAAAGAUGAUCUUUUGGAGGAAGGGCUGGUCCCAGAAGCGGGAAUACAAACGAGUCCUUUGAGAAGUACCAUUUCACAUGAUCUCGCUCCCAGUUCCCCCGCCCCAGACCCAUUGAACGAAUUAUCGCAACAGUUGUCGCAACUGCUAGCCAUUAUGACUAUGCAACAGAAGGAACAGAAUGCAUUACGGGAAGAAUUGGCUACUAUUAAAGCUGACCGGCAGAACCGCCAAGUGGCAAAUUCAAUCAAAUUUGAGGAAAACAAACCGUGUUUGGAACAAAGACUCACCAGCAACGAACGAUUAGGCAGGACUAGAAACUAUGUAAGAAGUAUAUGGGGUUUAUAUCGAAUUCUGAGUCCAUUCUGGGAUACUUUCUGCCUUGUGUGCACAAGAGCAGAGCUGGUGAUUCAUGACAGUGUGCUGAUCCACCAACCUUCAGUGGAGAACGAGGGGAACUGGACGACUUCCUUGCAGCUUGCCACUUGA